AUGAUGUUCACCCGAGGUGAUAUAUCGCACGAUAUCGAUGAGGUACACAACCACGCCAAUCCCACCACUGAUAUUGAAAUCGUUGACUGGGAUGGGCCCCGAGACCCGGGUAACCCAUACAACUGGUCCCUCCUUCAAAAAUGGACCAUGACAAUAUUGGCCUCAUUCACCACCUUUAUCACCAUGAUGAACGGUACAAUCAUUACCGUUGCGCACGAAGCCAUCAACGAAGAAUUUGGCAUCUCGGAUGCCUCGUUUCCUAAUUCAUACUGGCCCGUCGCAUCCUGGGCUCUCGGUGGCGCAUGCUUCGUUAUUCUUAUCCUCCCACUGAUGGAAGACUUCGGCGUGAGAUACGUUUUCUUAUUUACUUGGCUCGCUUUCAUAUGCUUCGUCAUUCCUCAAGCCGUAGCCCAAAGCUUUGCGACCUUGGUGGUGACAAGGUUUUUUGCUGGAGGCUGCGUCUCUAUCCUAGCCAAUACAUCUGCUACUGUGACGGGAAAUAUCUGGGACUCAGAAAAAGCACGCAAUAUCCCAGUUAGCCUGUACAUCAUAGGCUAUGUCGCUGGAAGCAGUAUUGGUCCCGUGAUUGGAGCACCGAUAUUUCAGUUCCUGUCCUGGCGAUGGAUUGGAUACCUCCAGCUUAUCUGGCUUGGUGCCCUGUUCCCCGUCUACUUCUUCUUGUUCAAGGAGUGCCGGGGGAUCGCCAUCUUGGGAAAACGGGCGAAGAAGUUGCGCGAACAAGGCAGACUGGCCUAUACCCAGCACGAGCUUGACAGUGAAGGAAGUUCGAUGUGGAGGAUCAUUGUUCGUAGCUCAACACGACCAGUUAUCAUGUUCUUUACCGAGUCUGUUGUGUUUGUCUCUGUCAUGUGGUCUUCUUUUACUAUCGGCACACUAUACCUCUUCACUCAGUCAGUCGAGCAAGUCUUUGCCGGUCUCUACGGCUGGAGUGCAGCACAAUGUGGCUAUGUCCAGGGCGCGAUCGUGAUCGGUGAGAUCAUUGGCUGGGCUGCUAGCUUGUUCUCUGCAAAGCUGUAUUUCAGCUCCGCUUCGCGCAACAAAGAAGUGCCCGGUACUCCCAUCCCCGAAGCACGACUAUACCUCGCCAUUGUGGGCGGCAUCUUCGGCCUGUCUGGUGGCAUGUUCAUUUACGCAUGGACCUCAUACCCUGAUCUCCCAUGGAUCGCCCCUGCAAUUGGGCUGGGAGUGGUAGGUGCAGGCAGUGUGAUCGUUGUCACUGGGAUCUCCGACUACAUUGUAGAUUCAUAUGCGAAAUACUCGGGCAGCGCAAUAGGAAUCGCUGCCUGCGGUGAGAAUAUUUUCUCUGCCUUCGUGCCUCUGGCUGCUAUGGCUAUGUACUCGAACCUUGGGUUCCAAUGGGCGAGCACCCUCCUGGCAUUCAUUUCCUUAGCACUGUCCUUUGCUCCUACUCUAUUUAUUGUAUAUGGGAAGGAGAUCCGAGCCCGGAGCCCGUUUAUGCGCGAAGCGAUGGUGGAGAGAAAGAAUAGUUUUGACACGGUUUAA